GGAGGUGUGAUCUCCUACGUGGGUUCUUGUGGAGGCUCUCCGACCCGGACCAGUCCAGUCUCCAUGUACAGCGAGAACUCCGACUCCCAGCCCGCCUUCUCCUCCUCUUUAACUCCCUCCUUCCUCAGCAGCAGCAGCAGCUCCAGCUCAGGCUCUGCAGGAGAAGAUGGCUCCUCCUCAGCAGGAGGUUCGCCUCGAGGCCGAGACGACGGAGGCUCCCUGAGGGCGUCGCCCAGCAAGUCUGUGGCCAGCCUCACCAAGCUGAACAGCAUGGUGUUGCUGUGUAAGGUUUGUGGUGACGUGGCCUCAGGUUUCCAUUACGGAGUUCACGCCUGUGAGGGCUGCAAGGGUUUCUUCCGCCGCAGCAUCCAGCAGAACAUCCAGUACAAGAAGUGUGUGAAGAACGAGAGCUGCACCAUCAUGAGGAUCAACAGGAACCGCUGCCAGCAGUGCCGCUUCAGGAAGUGCCUGUCUGUGGGCAUGAGCCGCGACGCGGUUCGUUUCGGUCGGAUCCCGAAGCGUGAGAAGCAGAGGAUGUUGGCGGAGAUGCAGAGCGCCAUGAACAACAUGGUCAACAACCAGCUGCAGAACGACUUCCAGCUCGCCAGCCUCUCCUCCUCCUCCUCUUCAUCUUCCUCCUCCUCUCCAUGCCCGGGGGCCACCAUCGCCCUCGCCCCCCAGCCUCCGGCCCUGCCCCUCGCCCCAUCCUCCCCCUCUCCUCCUGCGCCAGCCUCCUCCUCCACGCCCCCUCCUCUUCCUCCUCCUUCCUGUCUUAGCCCCUCCCCCUCCUCCUCCUCUUCCUCCUCCCCCCCCCCCAGCCCCGGGUUGGACUCCACCAUCAGUGCCAUCGCCCGCGCUCACCGUGAGACCUUCCUGUACGCUCACGACAAGCUGGCCAAUCCCCACGCGCCACCUCAGCAGCAGAAUAACCACACCCACCUCAACGGGGAGGCGGAGCCCUGGGGGCCCAACCGCUGCCCCAACGGAUACCACGCCAACAGCCUCAACACCAUCUUUCACCAUAACAACAACCUGGGGUCGGGACGCCACCUGCUGCCGGACAGCAGCCAAAACGCCACGCAGAAUCACCACGGCAACGGGAGGCGGAGCCUGCAUAACAGUAACUUGAUUGGAGGAGACGGGCUCGCCGAUCAUGUGACCCAGGUGCAGAAGUGUCCGAUGAAGAACCACACGAGGAUUCUGCUGGCCUGUCCAAUGAACAUGCAGCCUCAGGCCGACCCCUCCAGGACCCCCCAGCAGAUCUGGGAGGACUUCUCACUGUCCUUCACCCCCGCCGUCAAGGAGGUCGUAGAGUUCGCCAAACAUAUCCCAGGAUUCAGUUCUCUGUCCCAGAACGACCAGGUCACGCUGCUGAAGGCCGGCACCUUUGAGGUGCUGAUGGUGCGCUUUGCGUCCCUGUUCAACGUGAAGGAACAGACGGUGACCUUCAUCUCCGGCGCCACCUACAGCCUGGAGGAGCUGAGGGCGAUGGGGAUGAGUGAGCUGUUGGGAGCCAUGUUUGACUUCAGCCACAAACUGGCGGCGCUGGAGCUGAGCACCCAGGAGCUGGGCCUGUUCACCGCCGUGGUGCUGGUGUCAGCAGACCGGUCCGGUAUCGAGAAUGUGGCGUCGGUGGAGCAGCUCCAGGAGAACCUGAUCAGAGCGCUGCGCACACUGGUCAGCAAGAUGGCCGUCGCCCCCGGCAACAACCAUCACAACGUGGAGUCGCCACGCUUCACCAAAUUGCUGCUGAAGCUGCCCGACCUGCGGACGCUCAACAACAUGCACUCCGAGAAGCUGCUGUCCUUCCGCAUCGACGCCUGAUGACCUCACCGGUGAUGUCACUGAUGACGUCUCCGCUCAGACUCAGACCUGCGCUUCACUUCCUGUGGUCGCCGGUGCUAAUAAUGAUAUACGAUGGCAUAUCACGUGGUGCUCUCCAUCUUCGCCAUGACGUCAUCAUCGUCCUAAAGUGCUGAUAAUGAUGUCAUCGCGAGCCACUCGGCCAACAUGUGACACAGUGAUGAUGUCAUCAGCAGAACUCACCACCAAAAUAAGAGUCUGCAGCCGACCGAGUUAAAGAUCAGUCCGACUUUUUAAGAAUGCUCAUUAAGAGAAUCCAGCACAAAUUGGUUAGCCUAGCUUAGCACAAAGACUGGAAGCAGGGGGGAACUGUUAGCCUAGCUUAGCAUAAAGACUGGAAGCAGGGGGGAACUGUUAGCCUAGCUUAGCACAAAGACUGGAAGCAGGGGGAACUGUUAGCUUAGCUCCAUCCAACCACAACUAAAAGUCUGAGUCACGUGUUGUUCAGUGAACAGGUGUAGAAACAGAAAUGUAAAGAGGAGACGUUUUGGGUUUUAGCAUCAGUUAGCAUUCAGAGCUAGCUGUUAAUAACGGUAAAUUAACAUAUUUCAAUAAUUACUUGAUGUUAGCAGGGUAACGUGUGUAUUCAUUAAUAGGUUGUCAGACUGAAUUGCUUCUUUUAAAUUAUCUAGGUUAACAGUUUCACCUUGCUUCCAGUCUUUGUGCUAAGCUAGGCUAACAGUUUCCCCCUGCUUCCAGUCUUUGUGCUAAGCUAGGCUAACAGUUUCCCCCUGCUUCCAGGCUUUGUGCUAAGCUAGGCUAAACACGUCCGAGAACAAGAGGACUUUUAAAAUGUCGGACUCUUCCGGUACAAACGUUUCCAGGAGAAAGGGCAC